AUGAAGUUCCUACCUCUUCCCGAAUUCGAGGACGUUACAAGUUCAUUAAACUUCGAUACCGCCGAUUGCCAUAUUGUUGGAGGAUGCGAUCUGUACACAACCAAAGCCGCCCGGUCAGAUCGCAAACUAUACAAGAACAUCGAGCAUUCGCUCGAAGCGCAAUAUGAGUCAGUCCUUCGUCUUUCAGCGUCACUGUCACCUCCAACUGCGUCCGACGCAGCGGCUUCUUUGAACCUCUCGCGAUCGAGUCCGUUCGGCCCCCUGAGCGACCACUCCAGUCGCCGCACCUUUGCCUACUUGAUCGCGACGCUGAACGCGAGCCAUCCGGAUUACGAUUUCUCACAUGUCUUACGGCCCUCGGACUUCCGUCGCGAGCGGAAUCUCAAGAGGGUGAUGAACACGAUUGAUUCGACUCUCUUCAACCUCCGGCCACGUGAAGCGAUCGAUCUUACACCGCCUUCACCGUCAGCUGUCUCAGGAUCAUACAAUGCCGAAGCGUCGGCAACAUGGGGUCGGAAAAUGUGGAAGAUUAUCGAUGAACAAAUGUCGUUAAAGGAGUGCGGGAUCUACUCUUAUUCGCCUGACGAGGACCCAUCAGACGCGGACGAUGGAGCGAUCUGGAGCCUCCAUUACUUCUUUUUCAACCGCCUGCGCAAGCGCGUGUGCUAUCUCUACGUCAAAGCGAUUCCAAUCCUUAGCCAUACACCGAGCGAGGGGCUUGCCACGCCAACAACGAAGAGAACAUUCGACGACGGCUACUUCACCCCGGACCUAGGAACAAGCAAGCGAGCCCGCUACUGGUUUGGCGAGGACGCCGAAAUCGACGAAAUCGAGAGCGAUAGCGACGUGGAAAAAUCCAGACCAAUGCACGCUGGCGGCGACGAGUUCGACAAUUACAUCAUGAGCGACGAGGAAUUCCGAUCGCGAUCCGGCAGCAAGGGCACCGUUCGCGCUAUGAGUGAGGAAAUCGCCGACUCGAUGGAAGUUUGA